CCACAAAAACACUCGCCCUGGCUGACGCGAGCGUUGUGUGCAGUGCUUGCAUCGUCUAUUCGACCGCUGCGACCGCCGCGCUCGUCGCACCGCAUCGCUGGUUUGCAGUGCUCCAGUACCUGGGCAUCCAGCCUGAGCAGUGCUGUGGUGUCACUCACGCGUGUGCGUGGUGCGUCCCCUGACGAGUGCUGUCACUCCAACUGUGCGUGCGUCCUCUAACGAUGGACACAAUAACCCUCAAUGUGCCAACUCUUCCAUGCGUCGGCCUAGCUGCAGCCGCGGGACUGCUCGCAUGCAAACUCAUCGCGCCGCGACGACGCGCAGACGAAACGGAGCGUGGUCCCCUGCCCGCGUGGCUCGACGAGCUCGAGGACGACGAGAGCUACGAGCGCGUGCGGCUACCGGAGUGGGAUAACGGGACCGAGUGGCGGCGAAAAAAUGGUUUCAAGGGGUCUGAUUACGUGCACGACGCCUGUGCGGCGGUGCACGUCCCGCGCUACUACCUACGAGGGGUGAGCGGCGGUGUCGGAUCGAAACUCGUCGGCGCCGCUCAUUUCGGGCCGGGCGCCGAGAGCCACCGGGGCCUGUGCCACGGCGGCACGAUGUGUUCGCUCAUGGACGACGUCGUCGGCUGGACAGGGUUCUGCGCGACAGGAGUUUGCAAGCCGUGGAGCGGCUUUACGGUGCAGAUCAACACGGCGCUGAAAAAGCCCGUGGACGUCGGCAGUUGGCUGCGGAUCGAGGGCGAAAUUGUGAAGAUCGACGGCCGGAAGGUGUCGGUCAAAGCGCGCCUCCUCGACGUCGACGGCGACGUCCAUUGCGAGGCGGAGGGCCUCGUCGUUUUGAAAAAGAAGUCUUAAU